GCCUCGAGUUACGUGACACUCUCGAGUGGCAGCCGGUUUUCUUUGUUCUCUUUCACAUCCUGACGACCGCCACCUGCAACUCCCUUGCAUUAUGGCCACCUCUUCAGAUUCUACUUCAAAACCUUACAGGUCUCAAUAUUAUAGCAGCUCUAGUCCUUCUGUUUUCUUUCAAGGUACUGCGUUGCAGAAUCAGAGGACACAUCUCGACACACGAUUCGUGCCUCGGGUUCGCCCUUCUGGCCUACGUUCAAGAUUCUAUAAAGCCAUCACACGUUUGAAGGGAGUUCGCGUCGGCCGUCCGUCCGUCAAACCUGCACUUCGGCUUCGUGGUCUCUUUAAACAGCGAUCGAACAAUAGCUCGGGAUGUUCUUUCUACUCUUUGACCUCUUUGUCCACACUCGACUUCGCCCUCAUGUCUCAGAUUGGGCUCUCUUCCAUUGAGUCCACUCCCGAUGUUUCUGCAAGCACGACUUCGACUACAUUGACGAAGUCAGCUUCGUCCGCAUUGGCUGUCGACGAUACUAAUGGAAAUGGGUCAAGUGCUUCUCAUGCUCCAUCCUCCACGUAGGGUCGAACCGCAUGAUCAAAAGACUCUGAUAAUUUCUCUCCUCUGGCUCUUGAUUCUUACACAUGUGAAUUUAUUCU